UUUGUUGAUGACUAUAGAAAACAACAUGGAGUCAAAAUGGAUUGGGUUGCUUGCUAUGAAGCUGGGAAAAAUGUUGGUCAUUUCAGCAAAUACUCAUCAAUGAAGAGUGUCCAAGCUGCCUACUAUCGUGCAUCUAAUAAAAAGAAAUAA